GUACAUACACAAAACAAUAUGUCAGAUUAACGCAGUGCUAAACUUUCACUCUGCACUUCUUUAGUAUAGCAUACUUAACAUUUAAAGGAUUAUAUGUAAAACAGACUAACUGAUACUCCUGUAGGCCUGUAAAUAAUACAAUAGGUGUAAUUACACCGCCUGGCCGCUGGGCGUCACUGUGGCUGGAAAACAGACAGCUUCUCUCUCUGCUAAUCUGUGCCUGCCUCUCGAUACUGCCGAAGUUCACAGUUUGAAGGUGCAAUUAAUGCAGUCAUUCAUCAUGAAAAGCUCCAAAGAGGCCGUGCAGUCUGCAGCCAAAGAGUUCCUGCAGUUUGUCAACAAAGGAGUCUCUCCAUAUCAUGUGGUGGAGGAGUGCAAGCGGCGUCUGCUGCAGGCCGGCUUCAUCGAGCUGAAGGAGGCCGAGCAGUGGGACAUCAAGCCCUCCAGCAAGUACUUUGUGACCAGGAACUUUUCGAGCCUCAUCGCCUUCGCUGUGGGUGGACAUUUCCUGCCCGGAAACGGCUUCUCUAUGAUCGGAGCGCACACUGACAGCCCCUGCCUCAGAGUGAAGCCGAGGUCUAAGCGGACGAAGCAGGGCUGCCUGCAGGUCGGGGUGGAGUGCUACGGCGGCGGCAUCUGGAACACCUGGUUCGACCGCGACCUGACCCUCGCCGGCCGCGUCAUCGUCAAGAGUGACGGGCGUCUGGUUCAGCGUUUGUUCCACGUUUCGCGGCCUCUGCUCAGGAUCCCUCACCUCGCCAUCCACCUGCAGAGGGACGUGAACGACUCCUUCGGCCCCAACAAGGAGAACCACCUGGUGCCCAUCAUCGCCACCGUAGUGCAGGAGGAGCUGGAGACGGGCUGUGCCUCCUCCGGUGAUCCUGCCUGUGCUACCAACACGGCGGAGAAGCACCACCCCGCGCUGGUGAAGCUGCUCUGCUCGGAGCUUGGCGUGGAGCCUGAAGCUCUGCUGGACUUUGAGCUCUGCCUCGCCGACACUCAGCCUGCGGCCUUGGGAGGAAUCUACGAAGAGUUCAUUUAUUCUCCUCGUCUGGACAACCUGCACAGCUGCUACUGCUCCCUGCAGGCUCUGUUGGAGUCCUGCUCCGGAGACUCUCUGUCCAAAGAUCCCAACGUCCGCAUGAUCACGCUGUACGACAACGAGGAGGUGGGCUCAGAGAGCGCUCAGGGUGCUCAGUCCAACCUGACGGAGCUCAUCCUCAGCCGCCUCUCCUCCUCCACCUCCAACCUCACGGCCUUCCAGCAGGCGGCGCCACUCUCCUUCAUGAUCAGCGCCGACAUGGCCCACGCCGUGCACCCAAACUACCAGGAGAAACAUGAGGAGAACCAUCGCCCAGCUUUCCACAAGGGCCCAGUGAUCAAGUUCAACAGCAACCAGCGCUACGCCACCACGGCCGUCACCGCCUCCGUCAUCAGGGAGGUCGCAGGACAGGUCAACGUGCCUCUGCAGGACGUGAUGGUGCGUAACGACAGCCCCUGUGGCACCACCAUCGGACCCAUCCUGGCCGCCCGUCUCGGCAUCCCCGUGGUGGACAUCGGCGCUCCGCAGCUCUCCAUGCACUCCAUCAGAGAGAUGUGCUGCACCUCCAGUGUCCUGCAGAGCACCAGCCUCUUCAAGGGCUUCUUUGAGUUGUUCCCCACCUUGAGGAAGUCUCUGGUUGUCGACUAAAGCUGUGGCGAAUCACUGACGGACACAAAGGCUGUCAUUUUCCACGCACAGAAUCGAGACGUGUUGGAAAUGAUAAAUCCUUUCUCGUAGAAACGGUUCCUCAGCUUGCUGCACUUAAGGAGCACUUCCAGAUUGUUAUUCAGACCUGAAAUUGAUUAGAAAAUAAUAAAAUAUUGAAGGUU